AUGAAACUUUUUAACACGGUAGUGCUCGGAGCUGGUGGGGUCGGAAAAUCGUCGCUCACGAUACGAUAUAUGCAGCAAGUAUUUGUGGAUACCUACGAUCCGACUAUUGAAGAGGCGUAUGUGAAAAAUCUCGUGGUGGAUGGUGAAAUGUGCCAGCUUGAGAUUCUAGAUACCGCUGGUGCUGGACAAUUCACAGCAAUCAAUGAGUUCUACACCAGAGGUCAAUCAGGUUACAUUCUUGUCUUCAGUCUCACUAGCGCCACCUCACUACGCGAAGUCGAGAGCAUUCGUCAACAAAUCUUCCGAUCCAAGGGGCUACCGAUCCCGCCUCUCUCAUAUGGGAUCCCAUUUAUCCUGGUAGGAACCAAGUCUGAUCUCGCUAGUGAACGCGAAGUCUCGAGAGACGUUCUCAUGAAAGUUGCCACCUUAUGGCGUUGCCCCUGUUAUGAGACGAGUGCAAAGAAGGAUUGGAACGUGCAAGAGGUUUUCAUGGACAUCGCUCGGCAAAUGAAAAAUACAUUUCCCUAUGGCUCAAAUGCACCCCUGGAGCCAGUUGUUCCAGUCAAAAAGAAGAAGAGACAUUUUGGAUGCAUCAUCCAAUAG